UUCAUUGCGUUUCCGUGUUUAGCCACUAGCUCGGUUUUGCCUGUCAGAGGAGCUCACGGAAACGAUUGAGUCCGACUGAAAAACGUCAAUUCUACAAUGUCAGUGGUUCAAAAUUAAUAUCGUAGAAGACUCAAUCAGUGUUUAUUUGCGUUCAGCGGGGUGCUUUUGUUUUAUGAAAUGGAGAGUGCAGUGACAACACCCUCUCUAACAUGAGAGAUCAACAGAGCAAUUUUUUAACUGUACGUCUUUAACGAGCACUCCAUAAAUUGAUGGUGGCUCCGCUGAUCCUUUUUUUUCUCCCAGUUUCAUACUUGUCUAUAUUGUGGGAAAAUGAAGAAGUUUAAUAUUAGAAAGGUCUUGGACGGCUUGACGGCAGCUUCCUCCUCCUCUGCAUCUGCACAAUCGGGAAACAAGGAAAACGAUGCAAUUCCAGAAUCCCUACAAUCAGAACAUUUUCAGCUGUGCAAGACUGUGCGUCACGGCUUCCCUCAUCAACCGUCCUCCAUGGCGUUUGACCCUGUGCAGAAGAUACUGGCCAUCGGGACGCAGAGUGGAGCUUUGAGGCUCUUUGGGCGUGCUGGAGUGGAGUGUUACUGCCAGCACGAGAGCGAAGCAGCUGUCAUCCAGCUCCAGUUCCUGGUCAACGAGGGGGCGCUGGUGAGUGCCUUAACUGAUGACAGCAUACACUUGUGGAACCUGAGGCAAAAGCAACCGGCUAUCCUGCACACGCUCAAAUUCAGCAAAGAGAGGAUCACCUUCUGCCAUCUGCCCUUCCAGAGCAAGUGGCUGUACGUUGGCACGGAGCGAGGGAACAUCUACAUCGUCAACGUGGAGUCCUUCACCCUGUCAGGCUACGUCAUCAUGUGGAACAAAGCCAUCGAACUGUCCACUAAGACCCACCCAGGGCCUGUGGUCCACAUCAGUGACAACCCCAUGGAUGAGGGGAAGCUCCUGAUUGGCUAUGAGUGUGGGAUUGUGGUUCUGUGGGACUUGAAGUGCAAGAAAGCUGACUGCCGCUACAACUACGAUGAGGCUAUCCACUCUGUGGCCUGGCACCAUGAGGGGAAGCAGUUCAUCUGCAGCCACUCUGAUGGAACUCUGACCACAUGGAACGUACGCGCCCCCGCCAAGCCCGUACAGACCAUCACACCGCAUGGUAAACAGUCCAAAGAUGGGAAGAAGCCAGAGCCAUGCAAGCCCAUCCUGAAAGUGGAGUACAAAACAACAAGAGCUGGGGAUCCGUUCAUGGUGCUGUCCGGGGGGCUGUCCUACGACACGCUGGGGAGGAGGUCCUGUCUGACGGUGAUGCACGGCAAGAGCACCACUGUCCUGGAAAUGGACUACCCCAUCGUGGACUUCCUGACGCUGUGUGAAACGCCUUACCCCAACGAUUUCCAAGAGCCUUAUGCAGUCGUGGUUCUACUUGAAAAGGACUUGGUUGUGAUCGACCUCGGACAAAUAGGGUAUCCCGUCUUUGAGAACCCCUACCCACUGAGCAUCCACGAGUCUCCAGUGACCUGCUGUGAGUACUUCGCUGACUGUCCUGCUGAGCUCAUACCUGCUUUGUACUCUGUGGGCUGCCGCCAGAAGAGACAAGGAUGCAGCAAAAAGGAGUGGCCUAUAAGUGGUGGCAACUGGGGCCAGGGCACACACAGCUACCCAGAGAUCCUGGUCACAGGACAUGCGGACGGCUCAGUCAAGUUCUGGGAUGCUUCUGCGUUAAUGCUUCAGGUCCUGUACAAGCUGAAGACAGCCAAGGUGUUUGAGCGGGCUCGUGGCAAGGAGGAGAAGCCGAGCACAGAUAUCGUGGAUGAGGACCCGUUUGCAAUCCAGACCCUAUCGUGGUGCCCAGAGAGCAGGAUCUUCUGUGUGGCGGGAGUCUCCGCCCACGUGAUCAUCUACAGGUUCAGCAAACAGGAAGUCACCACAGAAGUGAUUCCGCUCCUGGAGGUGCGUCUGCAGUGUGAGCUGAAUGAUGUGGGCUCUCCAGACGGGGCAGUGGAGCAGACUCCCACCCUGCCCACCCCGGGGACUACCUCCUCCAGCCCCCAGGAGAGCGAGCCCACCCCCCCGACCUCCACAGGCAGCAAUUCCUCUGACGGGCCCAGGGACAAUGUGCCAUGUCUCAAGGUGCGGAGUACCGCUCUGAAUCAGUCUUCGGGGUACCAGGUGGAGCUGGUGGUGCAGCUGCUGUGGGUCAGUGGAGAGCCACCCCAGCCAAUCACCAGCCUGGCGGUCAACUCCGCCUACGGCCUAGUGGUGUUUGGCAACAGCAAUGGUCUGGCUGUGGUGGACUACCUCCAGAAGACCCUGCUCCUCCAUAUGGGGACGCUGGAGCUGUACAGCCCCACAGAGCCCUACCUGAGGCAGCCUUGCUCGCCACGCAAAACACAGCCCUCUGGAGCUGGGUGUGAAACCAACGAGGGAACCAACACCACAGAGGAACGCUGCAAGUCCCCAACAUCAGGCCCCACAUCGCCCUACAACUCAGAUGAAGAGCGCAAACAGCAAAGGUUUAUGCAGAAGGUGAAAUCCAAAAGCAGACGCUUUUCCAAGACGGUUGCCAAUGACUUUGCCAAGAUGUCACGGAAAAUUAGCUCUCCAACCACGGAGCACAAGACAGACAUGGCGGAGAUAGUCCUACGACAGUGCUUCCACAAGCAGUCUGGUUCUGUGAAGGUAGCCAGGAGGCCAGGGACAGCACCCAUGCUGGACGUCCAGAGAAGCCAAUCAUGUGGCAGCUUCAAUACCAACAACGUCUUUGCCCGUUCGCGCAACUCCAGUGUUACCAGUAUAGACAGAGAGUCGCGGGAGGCCAUUUCCUCUUUCCAGCUGUGUGACAGUUUCCCCAGGAAGACCGACCCUGCCUCCGCCCCGGGACCUAGCCUGUGGGUGGGCACCUCCCAGGGUGCCGUGCUGGCUGUGUCCCUCUCCAUGCCCCCCGACGGAGACCAGAGGCUGCAGGAGCCUGUGGGCGUCUCACCCUGUGGGACCCUGGUGAGACUAAAAGGAGGGGUGCUGACAAUGGCCUUUCUGGACACGUCAGGGGCCCUAAUCCCCCGCCCCUGCGAGCUGUGGUUCGAGCCCAACGCCACUAACCAGGACAGGGAGCGUCCGAAGAGGCGCCCGCCUGCCUCGUCCCCAGCCAACUCCGAAGGCCAGUAUGCCGUGGUGUGCUCUGAGAAACAGGCCAAGGUGGUGUCGCUGCCCUCGCAAGCCUGCGUCCACAAGCACAACAUCACAGACGCCUCGUUCGUGCUGAGGGCCGAGGUGGUGCAGCUGGCAGGGGGACUCUGCAUCGUGUGCUUCUGUGCCAACGGACACAUCAUGGCUCUGAGUCUGCCCAGUCUCAGGCCCCUGCUGGAUGUAAACUACCUGCCCCUGACGGACAUGAGGAUUGCCAGGACCUUCUGCUUCUCCAACUUGGGCCAGGCCCUCUACAUGAACUCGUCCAUGGAGAUCCAGAGGAUCACCUACAGCCAGGAGACCUGCGACAACCUGCAGGAGAUGCUGAGUGAAUUGUUCACCCCUGUGGAGACGCCAGAAGCCCCCAACAGAGGUUUCUUCAAGGGCCUGUUUGGUGGAGGUGCUCAGUCCCUGGACAGAGAAGACCUCUUUGGAGAGACGACUGCAGGGAAGGCCUCCAGCUCCCUGGCGCAGCACAUCCCUGGCCCAGGGGGAAUGGAGGGCAUGAAGGGGGCGGCGUCAGGGGUGGUGGGGGACCUGGCGCGCGCCCGCAUAGCGCUGGACGAGAGAGGGCAGAAACUGGGCGAGCUGGAGGACAGGACAGCUGCCAUGAUGGCCAGCGCCGACUCCUUCUCCAAGCACGCUCACGGCAUUAUGCUGAAGUACAAGGAUAAGAAGUGGUACCAGCUCUGAUGGCCAAGCGUCCGGAGAGAGAUGGACAGAUUCCGCUCAGAUCCCUCUCUUCCUGUCCUCCGCUCCUCCUCUCCUCCUUCCCCCCAAAGCGCAGUGCCACACCGAUGUUUGACCUCUGUCAUCACAAUGCCCUGAGUAUCCCACAGGCGGGGGCAUGAACGCUGUCUGGGACGGUCAGUUCUGGAUGGUCAGUCCACGUCAUCUGGGCGCUGACAGGCCUAAUUUCCAUCCUGUUGAGAGUCAGAGGAGACAGAAAGAGAGAGUGCAUGUUUACGGUUUCCUUCACAUCAGUAAUGCUCUCCUUCUGUGUGUGCAAGCUACUGUUUGGCAGUCUGGAAGAGAAGGACUACGAGGUCUAUAAACUGUGGAGCUGACAGGUUGUUGUGGUGAUGCUCUCCAGUGUGAAACAAACACAACGGACUUCUUAAGCAGAGACACUUCCCAUGUGAUGAAGACAAUGCUGGUGAAAUGUCAUAUCUAUAGCAAUGGUAAUGUUUGAUAAAUGGAUGAUUGUUAUCUUUCCGUCAUUCAAAAUCUAGGUUCAGGUUUGCAUCGACUGUCCCAUGUCUCUUGUCGACUAUUGUAUGUCAUUGUUUGGAUGAGUCUGUUUUGAGAACACCAUUCACCAUUUUGUCAUGAAUAUACAGUAUAUAUAUUUUAAUAGUUUGCAGGAGGGAAAUUAAAAAAUAACCAAGAUUCUUUCCUCAGAGUUACUGUGCUCCUGUUUGAAAUGAUGUACAGUAAGUGGGUCCAUCCACAUCAUGAGUGGGUUUGUGCAGCAUACAUUUGCAGCAGUUUACACGUCUGAAACGAGUUCCUCCUGCACUGGAAAACCUGGUAAAUUUAA